AUGAGCGAGGCUAUCGCGACCAUCAAGACGUUAGUGUCUAGUCUCAGAAGCGAUUUCGUCGAUGCAUUUGAUUCCAGGGAAAAACUUCACCUAUUGAAGCCCAAAACCAAGCUCAAAGACUCUACGCCCGCUGCAGAGCUGAUUAAACUUUCUCAAAUCAUUAAAGCGCAGACAACCAAGAUCGGCAUCAUCUCCCAUCCUGCGAAGUUCCACGCCAACCUUGAUGCUGCUGGUAAGGAAUUAAAAGAGUUCUCGAAUACCAUAUUUUUCCUGGUCUCAUUAGUUCCGUUGUUUUAUCAAGGGAAGUUUCCUAAAUACUUUAUCGAUCUGCUGGAUUCUAAUAUACUAGGGCUGCUCAAUGGUGUGAGUGGUUUUUGUGAUGACCUUGACCAGUUGGUCUCCUCCCAUAAUGCCAUGAAUUCCUCUGAUAUCACACCUGGACCUUCCACCCAAGACGAGGACGACUCGAGUGGUUCCACAAGACUCUUAUCAGUAGGGAAAAUAUGGGCCUCUUGCGAUUUGCUGAACGACAUAGGUACGAACGGUAACCUGGGCCUCUUGAAUAAGCGGAUUCAAAUCAGCGCUAAGCUCGUUACUGACACCUUAAAUGAACUAGAAGAAUGGCUCGUGGAGCCACAUGUGGAGACCGAUGACCCCUUUGGAAUAGGUAGUGGCUCGGAAGAUGAGGAGAACGAACUCGAGGACGAGGAUAAUGACGCCGGACUGGGGGAGAGUGUACCGCCUGGGUUAAUCGGUUACGUCCAAAAAUGGCAAAAUAAGUUGAAAAUGAUCCGAUUGUUACUGUCAUCUUUCUCGAAGUCCAUUGCAUCUAACGAUUACAAGGGCAAAGAACCUUCGGCACAACAGUUGGACAAGCUCAAUGAUUUGCACGCCCUGAUAGUCGAAGAAACAGACGAACUCAUCUCGACAACUUUCAUGGCUGGCCAAGACUUUGAUGCCGACGACGACGAAAUCAUUGAAUUGGCAUCUAACUUGAACACCACCGUUCGUCAAAUGGUCCAGAUCAUCAAGAAUCUAAACAAGAGCGAUGAAAAGAAAGGCAAGUGGAUACAAGUGUGGGACACUAAAUACUUUAGUUAG